AUGUCUCCGCGAGGCGGUUCUUAUAUCCUGCAUCUGAGCGCACUUGGCGCCGAUGCGGCCAGCCCAUGCGAGCUCGGCCAGAUCGUGACAGACCCUCUUUCGCCAGGGACCACGGUGGUUUCCAGUGUCAGUGGUGCAGACCUGCAGGAGAAGUACCCGGCGGUCGAUGUAGUCACUCAAACGGCCUGGAGCCGGAAGAUCUUUCAAAGCAGGCCCCAGACGAGCUUCUCCAUUUCCGUGGGGACGCAACCGCCACGUACCCCUGAGUUUGGUGGAUUCAUGCAGCGUCCUUUUGCAAGGGGUAUGCACCCAGCCGAGCCAAGCUUCGGUGGACUCCGGUAUAGUCCUUCAGGGAGACACCAGCCCUGGUCCAGCCCCUUUGACCAUCCGCGAGCCAACCGAUGGGGGAAUGAUCCUUUUUGGGACGCGCCCGAACCCGGAAACCAUUUCUGGGAUGACCCCGUCCCGAUUCCCAACUCUCCGCGCACGGGCACGGAUAUUGAACUUUCCAGCGACCGCGUAGAGGUUCAUUGCCUCCGGCACUUCCCAUCUCCGGAGGAAGUCAAAUGGCGCCUCGAGGAUUCGAAAUCUGAACAGGACCGCGACCGAUCUUCCCACUGGACGUCGUGGCUGUCGAGCAAGACAACCUAUUACAUGGUCAUCGGGGUACAACGUGCGCAUGAUAUGUCCUACAAGAUCACAGAAUGGGAGAGCGGAAACGCCUCUUCGGAACGAUCCGCAAAAGAGGCAGGAUCCGUGACCAUCGCCUAUAAGCUACUCCAGAUCAACGUGGACAGCUCGGGCGGGGUUGCGCUCACCAGCCUUUCGGACAGCGCGACCGCCGACGAAGUCCGCACCUACAUCAUCCAAGCCCUCGUCACCAAGCACGAUGUGACGGUGGACUUGGCCACAAAACAAGCCGCUAACUGGGACAUCGGUCGCGGCUCCGAACUCCGAGCCGCGACCAUCGACCACCAACGUGUGUUUGGCGAUAAUGUCGGGCUGUGCCUGCAUCGCGCGAUCAGGGAAGAUGAGGUCACCCCGGGCAGGAUUCCAUCGCGACGCUGA